CUCGAGUAUGGCGGGCGCGACACGCGUGUCCCACGCGCAACUCACAUGUCCUCUACCAUUCGGUCACCCACGGUGCCCCACUCUUACGCCACCCCACCCCCUCGACGGACGGCAUCCUCUCCCAUCCAUCUCGCGCCAUGUCGGCAUCCACCCACUUCGCCGAUCCGGCAUACGGCACACGCAACAAGGCACUCUCCCUCGGCCCGAACUCAUGCCCGCCAUCACCUCAUCAUCCGUUCAUCAUUUCAUGACCCGUUCCAUCCCUUUGGACAUGUCAUAGUUUUGCUCACCAAAGACACGCGCCGCGUCGCGUCCACUGUCAAGUCUGUCGCGCUACUCGUCCGCUUCCACAAGGCACAAACGUAAGCAAUCGGAACGGCGGGGCCGUCAAGCCGUCAUGCCGCGUCCAGCCGAUCCGACGAGCGCGAUGGACGAGUGAUAGACAAGCGCUCAACUCUACAUUGCGAGCUACCGAUUUCUUUCCUUUCUCCGCUCUCCCUCUCCCUCUCCCUCUUGCUCUUCCUCUUCCUCUUCCUCCGCCCCAGUCAACUGUAGCCGCCUCAC